GCAAACUUCAAAGUAAUAAAUCUUCCUCCUGACUGGCUGGCGGCCCACCAAAGUCCUUAUCAAAUCCUAAGAAGUGAUCCUUCAGUCCCUCAGAUGGUCCAAGGAUAUCUGGCGGAGAGGAAGCGCAGGGACUUCACUUUUCUCCAGCAACACGCUCCGACUCUUCGCCUGAGACUGUGAGGACAAGCGCAGGGAGAAAGUUUGCCAUGGCAGCGGUGGCUGUGCUGAGGAACGACAGUCUACAGGCGUUUCUGCAGGACCGUACUCCAAACUCUUCACCAGAGAACAACAAGCAUUCACCCCUGGCGCUUUUAGCAGCAACGUGUAACCGGAUCGGGCACCACCACCACCACCACCACCACAAUCACGCAUCCAACCCAGCCGACUUCAUCCAAGUUCCGUACGACGCGACCCUGGGUUCGCCAACGCGUCUUUUUCAUCCGUGGACUAACGAGGCAAAUCCUCAGCCCGCUCUUUCCAACAGUUCCUCCUUCGGACUAUCAUCUAAAGCUCCGCUUUCCGCGCACCUCCAAGGCUCCUACAGCUCUCCCCAUGAGCUGCCCUUAACCCCUCCGGCUGAGCCCUCGUACCCUUACGACUUCUCGCCGGUCAAGAUGCUGCCAUGCUCCGUGCAGUCGUUACAAGCCACGUGUCCGCCGAGCUACGUCCCCGCUGUGACGUACACGGCUCCAGCACCCAUGCCACCUGCCGUGCCAGCUUUUGUAGGCGGCCACUCGGGCCUGGUACCCCAACAGCAGAGACAGUUGUCCCCAAAUCCGACGGAACACAUCCCGUGGUGGAGCUUGCAGCAAAGUAACGCCGUAAGUCACCCGUCGUCUCUGGCGCCUCACCGUUUCCCCCUUCAGAGGGGGUUAGUGCUCGGCCACACGGACUUGGCGCAGUACCAGAGUCAGAUCGCUGCUCUGCUGCACCCUAAAUCUCCUCUCGCCUCAGCGCGCCGGUGCCGCAGGUGUCGCUGCCCGAACUGUCAGACGUCCAGCUCGAGCGACGAACCGGGGAAAAAGAAGCAGCACGUGUGCCACGUCCCCGGCUGCGGCAAAGUUUACGGCAAGACGUCGCACCUGAAAGCGCACCUUCGCUGGCACUCCGGAGAGAGACCGUUCGUGUGCAACUGGCUCUUCUGCGGGAAAAGUUUCACACGCUCCGACGAGCUGCAGAGGCACCUGAGGACGCACACCGGAGAGAAGCGCUUCGCCUGUCCCGACUGCUGCAAGAGGUUCAUGAGGAGCGACCACUUGGCCAAACACGUAAAAACACAUCAGAACAAGAAAACCAAACCUCACGAAAAAAGCACCGAACACGUGAAACGGGAGGACACGAGACACAUUUAAAUGGACUAAAACAACGACAGGGGUAAUAUCCGGUACAUAUUAAGUGGACUUUGCAAAAAUUCUUGGAACUUUCUAACAGAAAUGCAAGCUGUUUCCAUUUAAGGCGCGAAAUUCGAACUACAUUGGAAGCUACAGUUCUGGUCUUGUAAAUACGAUUUUCGAGUUUGUUUGACAGUUCUCAUGGGGACUUUGAAAGGUGUUUCACAUCCCUGUGCUGCCCAAAUAUCACUAACAAGUUUUGAACUUGUGUUAAGAUAUUUUUCUUCGGUGGAAGAUCUCACAUUGAUUGUAAAUAUAUCUAUUUAAUAGCUUUUGUUGAAGGAAAGUGUCAGUUUUCGCUCCUUGUGGGGUGUUUUAGCAUGCUUUAUUGAAAACAAGCUGUUGGAUUGCUGUGUAAAAAUAAAGAAUUCCUUAAAGAUCA